AUGCCCCGAAGCGCUGUCACCGCCACACCACGGGCAAGACGAGCAGGUGGAGGCUCUGGCUCGUCCCCGACACAACGUCCCUCUCGCCGCAGCGGCAAGGCCGACACACACGCCUCCGUGCCAGAUGCUGUCUUCCAAGUGGAGACACUGCUGGAAGAGGCCCCUCACGCCGGCCGUGAGGCGGAAUACGAGUCCGUCGUCGCCUUCGUCUCGCGGCGGCUGUCACACGAGACAAACACCUCCCUGUUUGUGUGCGGCGGCUGCGGUUGCGGCAAGACUUCGACCGUGAAACGUGCUCUGCGGGCCAUUUCGGCGCGUGUGCUGCCGUGCGAUGCUAAAGCACGCAGUCUCAUCAAGCGUAGCACCCUCGAAGAGUGCGGCUGGCAAACUUGCGUAGAGGACGGUGAUGACGCAGCAUCUGUCACGGCCGAUGCAACUUGCAGGACUCGAAAAGCACUUCUAACCACGCCCACCAGUACACCACGCUCCUCUCGGCAGCUGUCGGCCGAGGAAGGCAGAAGCCCCAGUGACGCGAACGGGCUCACACCAUCGUCCUCGGCCUCCCUGGCUGCUGCGCUGUCGCACACCACGUCGCCAGACACGUCUCGCACCUCCGCAUCGUCAUUGGCUGCGGCCACUGCGACCAGGAGUGCUCGCCUCGCUUUGCACUCACCCGAAUCGAGUCGGCCAAGCGACUCCAGUGUCAACUCCACUGCCACCCUUUUGGAAGCUGCCAGUCCGGCGUGCGGUGUCAAGCGCGGUCGCGCGGCGGAUGAGUGGGAAGAGAACAGCAUUCGUUCAGCCGAACUAGACAGGCAGGCCACAGCAGUCCUCACGCGGGGUGAAGGUGCGUGGCGGCAGGCACAGGGACUGGAGCAAGAGGUGCCACCACGACACCAGCCAGAGCCGUACAGUCUUGCCUACUUCAGUAUGCGGUACCCCGAGCUGUUCUCGAGUGACGGUACUCUUGCGACAGCAUCAUCCUCUUCGCCGGCCACUUCGCAGUUCCGUCAGAUUUUUGGCCACUACGUCAACUGCGCCGACGUCAGCGGUCCGCUCUUGGUAGAGGCGGUGUGCGACAGCAUCCGGGCAACCUGCAGCCGCACUGACGGCGCCACACAGCUGCUGCUCCAGUGGCUUGCGUCCAUCGGCAAGGCUACGUCCAGUCGGGCCCAGGCUAUCGGUGGUGCAGCUGCUGAGUCACACGCCGCUUCUACCUCUGCAGCCUCGAAGCGGCGUGCGAGCCCGCCGGCGCUGCACGUCGUUGCGCUCGACGAGGUGGAGUACCUGCGCGGCGGCGGUGCCAAAAUGCUCACCCUCCUCGCGGCGCUUGCCUUCCACCACCCCGCGCAACUUGCCCUGAUCUUCAUAUCAAACCAGCGCGCCUUUGUGCACGUGCCGCAGUUGAUGCUGGAGCUGUUGCUGUUCCAACCCUACAGCGAGGCCCAGCUGCGGGAGAUCGGCGCCAGUGCGACGAAUGCCGAGCUGCAGCGAUGUGAGCAGCUCGUCGGCGCAAAGGUGCGCAAGACCGCGGCACGUUCGUCCGCCGCGGGCCACAAGCGGCUGCGCGCCUCCGAUGUGGACAUUAAACCGCGCCUGUACGAUUACAUCGCACGCAAAGCCCUCCUCGAGUUUUCUGGCGAUGUCCGGCAGGUCAUCGCCAUGUGCCACCGUGUGGUCUCGGUUGCCUGGCGGGAAGUGGCUGAGGCGAAGCUCGAGGCUGCUGCUGCGGGUGCUGCGACGGCGGCGACGUCUACACCCCCGGCGAUGGCGCGCAGCGACAGCAGCAGCACCGCAGUAGUAAGAAAUACGUCAGUUGCCGACUUUUCCUCGAAGCUGGAGGCUGCCGUUGAGGCGUACAGGGUGGACAAGUGUGCAGCCGCAACAACGCAAGUGUCUACAACAUUCUCAGGUACCUCGCAGUCUUCUUCAGACGCUGCUGGCAUAAAGGACACCUCCUCGACGCGGCCCAGCGGGGCCGCGGCUGCAUCUUGUGCAUCGCUCACCGCUGCAGCACAGCUUGCCCCAGUUCCCUCCUCGUGGACGCCGUCCUCCGGUGUCAUGACGCUGGCCAAGAGCGUCCGUGUCCUACAGAGCAACCAGGUUGAGAGCGACAUCGACAAACACGUCGGCACCCUGCCGGAGCAGACUCUCUACGUCCUCAGUUGCAUCGUCGUUCUCACUUUGCGCAAGCAGGAGGAGCGUACCUAUGCGUCAACGAGUGUCGGUGGCCGCAUCGGCACAACUCGCACGCCGGGAGCGGGUCGCACCGCGGCGCAGCGCGCGGCGCCAACGCUGUCGCUGAAGAUGCACGAGGUGCACCAGUUGUACACUCGACUCAUGGCGAAGCUGCACUUCCCCGCAAUGCGGGCCGACGGCUUUCCUGUGCAGGUGGAGUGCCUCGCCGACUUUGGCGUGCUGACGCGGCCGCAGUUGCGCGGCACCGAUCGCGUCUUCUCGCUCAACGGGACGUGGACAUUGCCGGCGAUGCAAGCAGCACUUGUGAAGCGUGGCGAAGCGAUCAAGCAGGAUCGCACGACGGCUGGCGCUGGAGCGAUGAUGGAGAACCGUUUCGAAGAGGUGUUGCGCGAGCUGGCAAACCUAGUCAAAUAG